AUGAAGUACAAUCCAAGAGUUUCCUCUUCCCGGCGCAAGAACCGGAAGGCUCACUUCACGGCGCCCUCGUCGGUCCGCCGUAUCCUGAUGAGCGCCCCGCUCUCCACCGACCUCCGCCAAAAGUAUAACGUGAGGUCCAUGCCGGUGCGCAAGGACGACGAGGUUCAGGUGGUCCGCGGCACAUACAAGGGCCGCGAGGGCAAGGUUGUCCAGGUCUACCGCCGCAAGUGGGUGAUCCACAUCGAGCGCAUCACCAGGGAGAAGGUGAACGGAUCGACCGUCAACGUCGGAGUCCACCCUUCCAAGGUCGUCGUCACCAAGCUGAAGCUCGACAAGGACCGCAAGUCGCUGCUCGACCGCAAGGCUAAGGGGCGCGCCGCCGCCGACAAGGACAAGGGCACCAAGUUCACUGCUGAGGAUAUUAUGCAGAGCGUCGAUUAG